CUGAAAAGAACAUCAACACUUCCACUCACAGUAUACAAAAGCAAAGAUUCCAUGGGAGCCAAGCUUUCCAGCUGUUUCAACCACCGAAGCAGCCUCUCGCAGCAGGCGCAACAGCCGGCGCCGGUCAGGGUCAUCGCCGCCGACGGCUCGCUGAAGGAGCUCCCGGCCAGCCCCCAGGUCGCCGUCUCCGACGUUCUCGGCGGCGACGCCGCCUCCUCUUUCUUCGUGUGCAACUCCGAUGACCUCUACUUCGACGAGCCCCCACCGGCGCUUGCCGCCGGCGAGCUGCUCCAGCCGGGGCAAAUAUACUUCCUGCUCCCAGCGGCGGUGCUCGGACGACCACUGUCGAGCGCGGACAUGGCCUCGCUGGCUGUGCGCGCGAGCGCGGACAUGGCCUCGCUGGCUGUGCGCGCGAGCGCGGCGCUGGCGACCAAGAGGCCGCAACGGCGUGGCCGCAAGAAUCAGAAGGUGCGCGUCGUGCCGAUGCAAGAGGGUGAGCUGGAAGCCGGCGAAGACGUCCUGUUCAACCAGAAGGUUAACGAGCGGACGCUCGGGGAGUUGGUGCUGUCGAUACGUCCCGCGAAGAAGAGCGACGAGAAGCUCGCCGCACGGUCGCGGCUGAAGCGGGCUCUGAGCAUCAUUCAGGAGAUGGCUGAGUGAAAGCAUCCCUGCACGAGAGAUAGCUAGAUAGCAUUGUUCAUUUUUUGGGUCCUUUUCUGAACCA